AUGUCGGUAGUAUGCUUUAUUUACGAGCUUUCUGUGCCUUAUUUUAUUCUAUGUAGUUUUGUCAAUGAACGGCAUCAUCACAUCAAAUUAUCGUUAAGAGAUAAAGACGAAAAAAUCGGUUAUGUUUUACUUGAUUCUUGCGAUUUGCAAUCACGUCAAAAAAGCAAAGGUCGAUGGUACAAUAUCAAAUCUACCAAGAAUAAUGCUGUGAUUAUUGGCAAAUUAUAUAUCCAUGCCUAUCAUGUGAAUCCAAUGAAUGUGUCUCAUUCCAAUGAAGAUAAAACGAAUACCAAAAAAUCAAAAUUAAACAUAUUUAAUGUUAAAUUUCGCCGUAGUUUUUCUAAUUUAUCUAAAGGCCCUUCCAGUGACUUAUCAACUAUUAAUGAUGCUAAUCAAUCAAAUUCUGCAAACAGUAUCAUCAGAAAACCGACACAGUCAACAAGUACGAAAUCUAAGAAUAGAAGAUUAAGUGAGCCAAUUGCUAUUUCGGCCCGCAAUAACUUUGCAGCUCUCUCAUCUAGUAAUAAUAAAGGUAGUGAUAUUGAAUCAAGUACUGACAGUAAUACCAGCAAUCAAUCCAGUUCAGAAACAACAAAUGAUGGUAGCAAUCAUAGUCCAGCCAAUCAUGGAUCAACAAAGAAUAAUAUAAUGAAUGUUAUGAGUGCUAGGUUAGCUUCUACUGCGAUCAAAAAUCAAAAUCAACUUACAUCAAAUGGUGUUAUAAAUCACAUCUCACUGGAAAAAAACCAGCAAGAAAGGGUUCCUCACUUAAGAGCAGCUUCCUAUAUUGGAGAUGAAAAAUAUCCGUUUACAUUACACGAUGAGUAUUGGAGCGCAACAGUUGAACACUAUAGACGAUUGGUUUCUGAUCUACAAGAGCGAAUUCAAGAAUUAACUGAUCAAAAUAAAAUUCUUGUCGGGAAAUAUCAAGAUCUUUGUCGAGAAUGUACCACACAGUUAGAUUAUAUUCAGCGCUUGGUUAACAUAUUGAUGAAAGUUGAUCCAGAUGAAUUGGAGAAAAUGAUGCCAUGCUAG